AUGGAGGGUGACCCGCCCCCGGAGGAGGACUUUUCCCAGAUUCCCCUCAUCGAGCGGGGGGCACACAAGAACUGGAAGGCCCGCCUGAGCGCGUACAACGAUGUCAUCGCGGCAUCAGCCAAGACCGCCUCGGACAGCGAUCCCUUCUUCCGCCCAUACCUCUCCGACCCCGCCCUUCUGAAGAAAUGGUGCCUCGACGCAAACGCCAUCGCACAGGAGAAGGGUGUCGAAGCAACGCUGGCGAUUGUGACCGACAGCGGCGAGACCAGCGCCAAACUUCGCCCCGAGAUCGUCCCCGCGCUCGUGGAGAAGGUACUCGGCAGUAUGCGCGCAGGCACCAAGCGCAAGGGCGCUGACCUGUGCGCGAUGUUUGUCGAGGUGGAGAACGGAGGCGAGGGCGUGGUCACGGACGUCAUGGCCGGCCUGAAUGCCAAGGCGCCCAAGGCGGUAGCUGGGGCAGUCAGCACCCUGAAGGAGCUCGUCGAGUCGUUUGGCGUGCAGGCACUGGGGAACGUCAAGCCGUUGCUCAAGGCACUGCCGAAGAUCUUUGGACAUAGCGACAAGAACGUCCGUGCCGAGGGGACAAGCCUCACACUCGCGCUGUACACUUUCCUCGGCCCAGCGCUCAAGCCCGCACUCGCCGACCUCAAGCCCGUACAGGUCUCGGACUUGGAGAAGGCAUUUGAGGGGCUCGAUGGGGAGGGCAAGGGCGCCGGGACAGGCAAGCCGAGCCGGUAUACGCGCAAGAUGCAGCGCGAGCGCGAGAUGGCCGAGGCAGCCGGCGACGAUCCAGAGGACGAGGCGCCCGAGGAGGCAGCAAUCGACCCCAUGUCACUCCUCGACCCCGUUGUUGUGCUCGACCUCUUCCCCGACGACGUAAUGGAGCGCCUCGCUUCGACAAAGUGGAAAGACCGACUCGAGGCCUGCGAGGAGUGCAACAAGGUCCUCGCUGAGCCGCGGAACGCGCGCAUCUCAGACGCUAAUGUCGACGCGUACAGUCCUCUCGUGCAGCUCUUAGGUACCAAGUGUCACAAAGACGCCAACGUCAACGUCGUGAUGGAAGCCGCGAAGCUGCUGGAGGGUCUCGCGCGCGGUCUCAAGAAGAGCUUCGGACGUUACAAGGGCGUCACGGUCACUGGGCUACUCGAACGACUCAAGGAGCGCAAGGCCGCAGUCGUCGAGGCGCUCGGCAAGGCGCUCGACGCGAUUUUCUUGACUACCACCCUUCCCGACGUCACCGAGGAGAUCCUGACCGCGCUCAAGUCGAAGAACCCUCAGGUGAAGCAGGGCACGCUCGACUUCCUCCACCGCAGCCUGAAGGUCACGACCGAGCCCCCAGCCAAGGACCACAUCAAGCCGAUGGCGGAGCAGCUCGUCGCACUCCUCAGCGACAGUGCCGAGCCGGUGCGUGCGGCGGCAGCCGAGUGUCUCGGCACGAUGAUGAAGAUCCUCGGCGAGCGCGCAUUCAACCCCUACAUCGAGAACGUGCCAGAGAUCCAGCUUGCCAAGGUCAAGGACGCGUUCGGAAGAGCGGAGAUCAAGUACCGCCCCGGCGGCGUGAAGAAGCCUGUAGUGAAGCCAGUAGUGAAGGCGGCUCCCAAGGCUGCGCCAGUGAAGAAGGUCACUCCUCCCCCGGUGUCGCCACCCAGGCCAGCGGCUAAGACGAACGGUGGCGACGAAGAGCUGUUACAGGAUUUCGCAGCCCCUCCACCGAAGAGGAAGCCACCUGCACGUCUGCUUGCGCGCAUGAAGGCCGCCGCACCUGCUUCCGAGGAAUCACCACCUUCAUCACCAGGCAAGCCGCCCGCAUCACCACCGCCCAAAGCUGCGCCCGUACGCAAGGUCGCGCCUCCUGCGGCCAAGCCAUCACCAAAAGCGGCACCACCACCGGCCGCUGUUGGUUCGUCCAAGCCGGCAGCCAAGGGCGCCGCAAAGGCGUUAGCAUCAUCACCGUCCGAGCCUAUCAAAUACCGCUACACACCUGAAGACGCUGCGGCGCGUGCUGCCGACCUCGUACCUGCAAACUUCCACACCGCACUCGCUGAUGGCGCAUGGAAGAUUCGCCUGGAAGGUGCGGACGAGAUGGUCGCGUGGGUCAACGACGGUGGCGCAGAGCUGGUGGACAGUGAAAUCAUGAUGCGUUUCCUCGGCAAGAUGCCAGGAUGGGGUGAGAAGAAUUUCCAGGUGUUCGAGGUGAUCAGAUUAUUCGCCGAGAAAAGCCCAUCCUUCGGCAAGCCGGCGUCUGCGCUUGUCAUCCCUGCGUUGACAGAGAAGCUGGGUGACCUGAAGCUCAAAAAGCCGGCUGGCGACGCGCUCGGCGUAAUCGCGGAGAAGACGUCACUUGCGUUCGUGCUGGCUCAGAGCUACGAGCCCCUCGGCAAGCAGAAGGCGCCGAAGGCGCAGGCAGACGCCCUCACGUGGAUCAAGCAGCAGGUGAUCGAUUUCGGUAUUGGGGGAAUUCCCAUGCGCGAGCUCAUCUCGUUCAUCAAGACUGCCCUUGGACACGCGAACGCGCUUGUGCGUUCAAGCGCGACACAGUUGCUUGUGCAGGUCAAGAUCGGCGUAGGCGCUGACAUCUCUGGUUUCCUCGAGGAUCUGAACCCGACUCUGUUGGGCACGAUUAACAAGGAGUUUGACAAGGUCGCUUCGCAGGCGGCGCCCGAGCCGACGCGCGAGCAGGCAGACCUGCGUGAAGCCGCUGUUGGCCCAGGAAAGGGUGGCAAGGGCGGAGCGGAUCCGUUGGACGACCUCAUCCCGCGUGUAGACCUUGAUAAGUUAGUCAACCAGACAACCGUCCUCGCCGACUCGAAGAGCGACGCGUGGAAGGUGCGCAAGGAGGCGUUUGAGGCACUCGCUGCACUGCUUGACGUCAAAUCGAACCAGCGCCUGAAGCCUAGCAUGGGCGAGAUUGGCACGGCAUUGAAGCGCGCAAUGACAGACACGAACCUCUCGGUCAAGAUGCUUGCUCUGGGGAUUACGUCCAAAAUCGCGACCGGAAUUGGCGCACCGUUCGACAAGUACUGUCGCCUACUGGUGCAGUCGGUCGCGAUGGUCUGUGCCGACCAGAAGGCCAUGACGCGGACGGUGGCUGUGGCAACACUCUCGGCUAUGGCCGACGCCAUCGGCUCCCUUGACCCAAUGUACGCAGGUCUCGCCGCGUCAUUGGAAUCCACGAACCCCGCGCUUCGUGCGGCUGUGUUAGGAUGGAUCGCGGAGCGCCUUACUGCUGAGGCUCCAGGCCGCGGGGCUGACCUCGCUUGCCUUGCUGCACCUGUCAUCUCCUGCCUCGAGGACCGGAAUGGUGAGGUCCGCAAAGCGGCCGGCAUAGUCCUUCCCUUCGUCGUCGCCAACGCCGGUUUCGACUUUGUCAUGGACCAGACGUCGGGCCUCAAGCCCGCCUCUCGAUCUACGAUCCUUCCCCUCAUUCAGAACGCGCGCAGCGCUGGCAACUCGGCCAAGGCCGCUCCUGAACCACCAGCAGCGCCAAAGGCUGCUCCUAUCCGCACUGCACCGGCAAGGACGCCUGCCAAGGCCGCGCCUGCCAGGACUGCGUCUACACCCGCACGACCUGGUUCUGGAAUCGGCCGACCAGGACUCGCUGCGCCAGGCCGCUCCAUAGCGAUGAAGGCGCUCGGCUCUGGACCAUCAACACGCCCAGGGUCUGCCAUGUCAGACGCGUCUGGAGGAGGCUUUGGACUCAAACGGACAGCGAUUGCCCGUGCCCCGCCGCCAACACCCGCGCCACCACCACAGCAGGAGGACACUGGACGUACGAUUCCGUUCACUGCGUCCGAUCCCAAUGUCCGCGCCCACCGCCUCAAGCGCGAUGCAACACGGUGGUCGCUCGAGCCAGGAAACCGUGCCGACACUCUCGACUACCUCCACCAACAAAUGGAGCCGGUGACCAGCAGCGACAUCUGCCACCUGAUGUUCAGCAAGGACCACCGUUCCGAGGAGGAUUUCAUGACUGCGCUCGCCGUGAUUGCUGAGUUCUUUGACUCUGAGACGUCGGGCAGCUUUGAGCUGCAUGAGGACGACCUGCAUGCCAUCCAGACUGCGAACGUCGACCUCGCGCUCAAGUACGCUGCCAUCCGGUUGUUAUCCAACAACACGCAGCUGAGCACCCGGUGUCUCGAGGUCCUCUCCAACGUUCUCGACAAUCUCACAAGCGACGGCGCACGUCUCAGCGAAACCGAGGUGCGCCUCUUUGUGCCGGCGCUAGUAAUGAAGCUUGGCGAUCCGAAGUUCGGCCCUCGACUCGCGCCAAUCUUCGAGGGGCUUGACAAGCUCAUCCCAGCCAGCCAGGUCGUGCAGAUGCUCGUGCAGUAUGGGCUCGAGGACAAGGCAGCCGGCAAGACAGGCAAGAACGAGUCGCUCAGUCUGAUCGAGAAGGCUUACCGCAAGCGUGGGAGCGUGUUGCGUUACGACAACCGCGGGUUUUACGAGGCAGUCGCGCGCUGUAUCCAGGACCAGGGAACGCGGCAGGCGGCGUUAACGCUCAUGGGGCUGUUGCAGCUCCAGGGCGAGUCGCGGAACCUCCAGUCUGUAGUUGACGGCCUGCCUCUCGCAGCGAAGGACAUGUUGGCGAACCGCCGCGCCACACUGGCCGCGGCUAAGGCCAACAGCACUGGCAUGGCGCGCGUCACGUCGGACGCAGGCGCCUCGUCAAGAUCCGCGUCCCCAGUUCCGACUGCCAAGUCGAAGAUCCCUGGUCACGGCUCACCUGCUUCCAGACUCUCCCACGACAUGACACCACAACGCUCAGGGACUGCCUCGCCUAUUGGAGGACGACCAGCGUCGCGCGGCAUCCCAACGACGUCGAGAUUAGCACAGCCUUCUGCUGUGCGGAGCAUACAGCCACCAUCUGGUCUCGUGCGUCCCGGGUCGCAGGCCCGGCGCACGGCUCCUAAUGCCGAGGAGGAACCACGACGCCCUGCUGCUGCCGCUCGCCCGUCCAUGAUGCCCUUGGGCCGUGCACCGGCGCCCGCGCUGUCAGCUUGCGCCGAGAUCAUUGAGGCGAUUCGCACCGAGGACAUUGAGGAUGCUGCCGAGGCGCUCAAGGCUGCGUCGGCGAUGCUUGAGGAGGACGGCCAGUCGUUUGUGACCGAGGCACGCCAGCUUCUCGACAUGUUAUGCUGGCAACUAGACCAGCUGGGGACGGACGUCAUCUCGCUGCUCGAGCAGCGCAACCUCCGUCGCGUCAAGCACCUCAUGCGCACCAUCCACCUGACGUUUGGCCGUGCAAAUAUUGUCAGGAGAUUGAAGCUCGACCAGCUUGAUAAGCUUUUCGGCGGCAUUCGGCGGCACUACGCCAUACUCGAGGUGUGGGUUGAGCAGGAGGGCGACGGUAUCCAGGCGGCAAAUGACUUGCGUGACUACAUGUCCAUGGUGCUGAGCGCGAUCAUCGCAACACCGCCCCGCGAUGUCGUGUACACAAUGCUCUUCGACUCGCUUGUCGCACUCUGCAAGGACCAGCGUCCAGGCAACACGGACAAGCACGCGGCAAGCGAGAUCGGCGUCAUCCUCCAGUGCACGUACAAGCGCGUCCGGUCCGUCGACAAUGAUCUUCGGAAUAGCCGCAUCCAGGCCGGCACGCUGCUCGCUAUCAUCGAGAACUUACUGCAAGUGAUCCCUCCGGUGCAGUGGCGCCGCCGACCAAAGCAGGGCCUGCCGCAUGGCGACUUACCGCUACGUGUCAUCAAGACUCUCCUCCAGCGCGUGAUCGUGUACACGAAGGAGAUCAACGUCGGCAUCUACGACCUGCUACAGGAACAGUUUGGCGCGGACGCCGACACCACGACUGUCUACUCAUACAUCUUCCGCAUCUCCUCCGCAGAUGAUGGGUCCGCGCCGGGCCCGCCUGCAACGUCGCCCGCAAUCGAGGCGCCGCUGCCUCGGAGACGUUCGAACGGCACGUCUGAGCGGCCGAUGUCCGUUUCGUCCUCUGGCACGCGCUCAUCCAUGGGUCCCGACAUCCUCGCGCCACCUAUCCAGAAGAGCCCGUCUCGCGAUGUCUCGGAAGCCGAGCGCCUUGUGCGCCGCCUCACGGACCCAAGGGAUAGCGAGCAGCGCCUGAACGAGCUGCACGCGUUCAUGAAGGCGAGCGACAGUAACGAGACCGAGGCGCGUGCCGCCAUUUCUGCCAUCCUGAACCCGGCCGCGCAGACGUUCGUCUGGCGUGCGCUGGACAGGCGGUCCGAGGCCGCCGAACCACGCUCCCCACCCCCUACUUCGCCCGUUAAGGGCGUGCGCGACCUACCGUCUCCGCCGCUCUCCGGACUCCCAGCCGGCCUCGGCUCACGGCGGAUCAGCGGGAUCUCGGGACCUAGCAGCGGAACAUCCUCAGCGACGAGCAGUACGACGAGUGCCAUGGUGCGCCCGGCAAGCAUGAUAGACCGCACUGCACCGGUCGAUGACCAGCUGGCGCAGCUCAAGGCGGUGUUUGGCCGGGCUACGAGCAGACACUCUGGGGGGACACCGACGAAGAGCCCCACGAGACCGAUGUCCGAGAUCGAGCCUGGGACGCCACGGCCGUCGCUGCCGAGACCAAUGAGCGAGUUCCAGCCACGGGGGGAGAUGUAG